UGAAAUUUUUUAAAAAGCCACAGAAAGGCAAGGAUUGCCAGUGACGAUGGAAAAACUAAAAGAGACAACGAGAACCCAGAAGGUGCCAGUCAGAAUAAGGGCAAUGUCUGAAAGGAUUGAGCAACUGAAGAAAAGAGAAUCAAAGUAUGUCCAGACACAGCCAUUGUACCAGAACUAUUGGUUCCAGUCCAUGCACGGAGACCCAACAAGGCCUGGAAAAACCUCUUCGGUGGUGGAUAUGACACUGUCCCUUGCUGGGGUUGUCGUGUCUUCUAUAAUGAACUCUUCUUCCUCUCAGUUUUCUCCCAAAGACUCCAGCUUCAUCUCUUGGCACACGAUCCCUGAAGUGAAGGAGAGUGGCCUUUUGGAUGUAAUUAGCAUCCGGGAGUAUAAACUGCAGGAGGCAAUGUUCGAAGUUAUUACAUCGGAGGCAUCUUACUUGCGGAGUUUGACGAUAGCUGUCAGUCAUUUCAGUAAGUGUCCGGAGAUGUUGGAGAUGCUAACGCUCACAGAGAGGCACACACUGUUCUCCAACUUGCAGGAAGUGAAGGACACAAGUGAAAGGUUUCUGUUGGACCUGGAGGAACGUCUGGGUGAGAAUCUCUUGCUCACUGACAUCAGUGACAUUGUUCUGUGGCACUGUGCUGAUUUUCGCAGAGUCUAUAUCCCAUAUGUCACAAAUCAGAUGUACCAGGAGCAGAUGAUACAGCAGCUUGAGUUCAGUGAAGAAUUUGUGCAGGUCCUAAAGAAACUGGAGGCACAUCCAAUCUGCCAGCGGCAGCUGCUGAAAUCCUUCCUGAUCCUACCAUUCCAACGCAUCACUCGGCUGAAGAUCAUGCUAGAGAAAAUCCUGGUGCUAAAUCCCCCAGAGAGUCCGGUGGCAGAUUCUGUUCAGAAAGCUGUGGAAGCGAUCGGGGAGGGAAGAGCAAUAAAUGCCACCAGUGAUGCCAAUAUCCCAUGA